AUGUCUAAGGUGCUAAUUUUUUUCACUGCCUUACUCUGUGGCAUAGUGGGCGAUGCCAGAGGGGCAGAUUUGCAGGAUGUGCUUUCGGUACUGACGGAAGGUCCGCUGGCAAGAUUGUUUGAUUCGUUCAUCGUACCAGCGCCGCGUACGACCGGGUUUGAAACACUGGUACCCCAGAAGAAUAUACGGCUGCACUGUACGAAAACUUCGGAACCACGGUUUCAGGAAGUGUUCUUUGGCGAUAUAAACGUAAGGGAGAAGCUUAACUUCACACUGCCGUUGACGAUCGCGAUCCAUGGCUGGCGUGAUAGUAGCAACCUCACCCUGUACAACGAGCUGACCACACGCUACCUCCGCUUUGUGAAAAACACUAACUACUGUCUGCUGGAUUGGAGGCCGUACGCCGAGUUCGGGUAUCAAAUUACCGCCCGCCAGAGCGCUCCGCUGGUGGCCAACUAUCUGUUCGGGUUUUUGCAGUCCAUUAGUUUGCUUUACUUCCAACUGGAGAAUGUGUCCCUGAUUGGGUUCAGCAUGGGCGGUCAGAUAGCUGGAUUGACAGGUAAGUUGUUGCCUGGAAGGAUCGGAGCCAUCUAUGCGCUGGACCCCGCCGGCCCUCUGUUUUCUCAUCCGUUCGACAUUGGGCCGAAUCGCCGGAUAGCCGGUACCGAUGCAAAAUACGUGCAGGUGAUCUACACUUCGCGAUACACGGUGGGCUUUGGACCGCUCGUGGGCACUCAAAACUUCCUGCCGAAUGAGGGCUACCAUCCGCAAGCACCGUGUGUGACCAAAGACGAUGGGUUGGGAGAAUUAUCGACUGCGUUGCGUUGUAGCCAUCAAUAUGCGGUGAAGCUGUUUACUGACUCGCUUGAUCCGGCCAACCCAAUUAUGGGUCAGAAGUGUAAUAAAGUUCUUGGCGUGCGAGUUUGCUUAUUCCAACCAAAGGAUCGGUUGGGUAUUUAUGCCAAAAGAAUACCUGGCAAUUUUUACUUGUAA